CCGCCGCGCGGACACCCUCACGAGGACACUCCGGCCGCGCGGACACCUACCACGGGGACGCCCCGACCCCAUCCUACCUGCCGCGCCCCGCGCCGCGACCCGCACCCCGCCCGCCACGGCCUGCGUCCGCCACCGGAAGCGCCCUCCUAAUCCCCGCAGCGCCACCGCCAUCGCCGCCAUCCUCGCGGGGCUUCUCGGGCGGCUGGGGCUGCCCGCCGCGCUGCCUGCGCCGGACCGGGGCGGGUCAAGUCCCGGGCGCGCCGCCGCGGUAGAGAAAUAACAUCUGCUUUGCUGCUGAGCUCAGAGAGAGAGACCGCAGACCCCUCCCGCAGUCAGUGGGCUGGAACCUGCUCGGAGGUGCUUUGAAGAUGCUGGAGGCCCCGCCUCUGCUGCUGGCCGCUGUGUUCCUGGGCCUGGUGCUGGUGGUGCUGCUGUUGCUCCUGAGGCGCUGGGGCUGGGGCCUGUGCCUUAUCGGCUGGAACGAGUUCGUCCUGCAGCCCAUCCGCAACCUGCUCAUGGGUGACACCAAGGAGCAGCGCAUCCUGCAUCACGUGCUGCAGCAUGCGGAGCCUGGGAACGCACAGAGCGUGCUGGAGGCCAUCGACACCUACUGCCAGCAGAAGGAGUGGGCCAUGAACGUGGGUGACAAGAAAGGCAAGAUCGUGGACGCUGUGAUUCAGGAGCACCAGCCCUCCAUGCUGCUGGAGCUGGGGGCCUACUGUGGCUACUCAGCUGUGCGCAUGGCCCGCCUGCUGUCACCGGGUGCGAGGCUGCUCACCAUCGAAAUCAACCCCGACUGCGCCGUCAUCACCCAACAGAUGGUGGAUUUCGCUGGCGUGCAGGACAAGGUCACCGUUGUGGUUGGGGCGUCCCAGGACGUCAUCCCCCAGCUGAAGAAGAAGUAUGAUGUGGACACACUGGACAUGGUCUUCCUCGACCACUGGAAGGAGCGGUACCUGCCGGACACGCUUCUCCUGGAGGAAUGUGGCCUGCUGCGGAAAGGGACAGUGCUACUGGCUGACAACGUGAUCUGCCCAGGUGCACCAGACUUCCUGGCACACGUGCGCGGGAGCAGCCGCUUUGAGUGCACACACUACCAGUCAUUCCUGGAAUACAAGAAGGUGAUGGAUGGCCUGGAGAAGGCCAUCUAUAAGGGCCCAGGCAGUGAAGCACGGCCCUGACUGCCCCCCCAGCCCCCCACUCAGGCUCCCUCACCCAGCCUGGUUCUGAGGGUGCCACAGACGUGCUCCUGCUGACCUUCUGCGGCUCUGGGUUGUAUCCUAAAUGCAAAGCACACCUCGGCUGAGACCUGCGCCCUGCCAUGCUGACCUCUCUGAACUGCAGCACUGGAUUGCUCUCCUUUCCUAAGACUCAGUCGUGACCUCUUUACUAACACCCGCUAGCUAUAGUAUUUUACAUACUAAUAUCAUGUUUUUAAAAUAUAAAAUAGAAAUUAAGACUGUAAAUAUCGAGAUAUAAA